AAAAAGAGCAACAGGAAGCGAUCGAACACAUCGAUGAAGUUCAGAAUGAAAUUGACAGACUGAACGAACAGGCUAGUGAAGAAAUUUUAAAAGUAGAGCAGCAAUUCAACAAACUACGCCAGCCAUACUUUCAGAAGCGAUCAGAGCUCAUAGCCAAAAUCCCCAACUUCUGGGUCACAACAUUCGUCAACCACCCACAAGUUUCAGCUCUUCUCGGCGAGGAGGACGAGGAAGCGCUUCACUACCUGUCGAGGGUGGAGGUCACCGAGUUUGAGGACAUAAAGUCUGGAUACAGAAUAGAUUUUUAUUUCGAUGAGAACCCGUACUUCGAGAACAAAGCCCUCUCCAAAGAGUUUAACGUGAACGAGAGCGGAGACCCCGUUUCCAAGUCAUCUGAAAUUAAAUGGAAAGCUGGAAAGGACCUGACGAAGCGUGCAGGUCAGACGCCAAACAAAGCGGGAAAGAAAAGGCAGCCCGAGGAGCCAGAGAGCUUCUUCACCUGGUUCACCGACCACUCGGACGCCGGCGCCGAUGAGCUGGGAGAAGUGAUCAAGGACGACAUCUGGCCGAACCCUCUGCAGUACUACCUGGUCCCGGACAUGGAAGACGAGGAAGGUGACGGCGAUGAUGACGACGAUGAAGAGGGUCUGGAAGACAUUGACGAGGGGGAGGAGGAGGAAGGUGAAGAUGAGGAUGAAGAUGGUGAUGGAGAAGAUGGAGAGGACGAUGGCGAUGACGAUUAAACGUUUCUAACAGCUUUUCGACUCUUUCCCUCCGUCUGUGAUCAUCCUCUAACCCGUUGGAACAAACUCUUUUGUUUUGGGGGGGGGGGGGGGUUUGUAAAAAAACAAACAACAAAAAAAACCAAGCAGCCUCUUUUUUUUCUUUGCUGUGUGUUGUCAGGCUGUCCGUCCUCUUCCUCCGCAGCCACGACCUGUCCAUCAUAUAAUCAUGUCUGAAGGUCUGAACACGGCAGGUCUACACGGGUCGCAGCGGGGUGGCUCUGUCAUUGAACCUGUUCACACCCGGCACGUACAUCCAUCCUGACAGAUCUGAUCGUGUGCUAAGCUCCGAGUUCAGGUGUGAACCCACUCGACGUCGAUGCGUAGCGAGAUCUCUCAAACCACAUCGUGAACGCUGACGAGUUCUGGUUCACUCACGUUCACUUGGUGACCAGACGUUGAAUUGUUGCACAACAUCAACAUGAUUUCUGAUGUUUUCUCAAACACACAAACACGUUGACGGACACAUCUGGAAACCCGGACUCGGUAAAAUCAACAGACGGUCUUAGCUAACACAAAUAAUGUACAUGUUUAUUUGCAUCUUGAGCAGGAAGUGACCUCACGUGGUCGCAGAGACACAUUAAGGUGUGAACGGACGAUCUCGGAGCGCUCCCCGUUGACUCGUAUCUCUCAGGAUUGACGUUAAACACCAGGUGUGAACGGGGAUCAUGGUUUCUAUUCAUCUCCCAAAGACAUGGAAAAGAAUAAAAAAAAUUUGUAGCAUUCUGCACGUCAUCCUACGUAGAUUUCAAAUACGUACAAUAGCAAUUUUUUCUGUAAGAUAGGAAAUUACAGUUUCUGUUGAAGUUGUGAGUUCAAUAAAAAUAAGCCAUGGUGCAGUGAUAACUCAAUCAUAGCAUCCUUAGCCACUUUUAUAUAUAAAUGUAUAUUAUAAUAUAUCCAGUGGUGGAGGACUGAGGCUUAUUAGAAGUUGCAUUUUCCUUUGUGACUUAUUGUUCUAAUGGAACUGAUCGAACGCACCAGCUUGUUUCUUUCCAACUGUUGUAAAUGUUUUUUGGGAUGUUCAUGUAUGUUGGUCAGACGGUGAAUUAUGCACAGUUUAAGAGGUGUGGUGGGGCAGCGCAGGUUUUGACACCGACUCUGGACUUCUGUUAAAUAAAUUUUCAUGAUCUUGUUUUUCAGGCAGCCACAACAAAGUUUGAAAUGUACAUUUUUUAUAAAAAAAAACAAACUGAAGUCUAAUUUUGGGUCUCGGCGUAACAUUUUGAGAUGGGAGAGAAAAACGAUUUCUGUGGAGUCUGCAGCGUUUCUCCUGUUCCACUGGAAACCUGUUCACGUUAAAUUAAGUGUACCAGUUGAUUUGUUACAAUAAAUAAAUGUGUACAUGA